CUCGGGACCUUCCAGCGCAGCUCCAUCGUGUUGUUGCACGCGAGGCGCGCAGCGCAACGUGAGAGAAAAAACGCCGCAUUUCGCGCUGUUUGCAAUCAACGCAAUGCGUGCACCGCAUCGGGAAUAAGUGCCCUUAGUCGCUCGCCCACAUAGCGCCCUGUAACGCGCGCCCGCGCGCACCCUGUUCGCGUGCUUUGCUCUAUCGUCGUCGACAUCGCGCUCGCGAACACGUGCUGAAUCAUAGGCUAGGAACAGCCGCCAAGGAACCACUCGAAGAUUCACGUCCCCCAACCCGGAAAUCCACCUACGUCGACAACAACAAACUUUGUUUUUGUCUUCGAUCUUCAACUGAUCAACAUCGUUGACAACGUUGGACGCAGCUGAUACUUCGGAGAUACUUGUCGCACCAUGCGGUUUUGAGUCAACAUGGUGGGUACCCAUAUUGUACGCUCCUCACUCGCCUAGCUAUCCGUAUCCGCAGUCACACGCUCGAAUCGUCGCACCGCCUCAUCAUACUCAUGUCGACCGGCCGGGUGCAUUCUGCUGCUCCCAGCAACACCAAUCAUGCUUCUUCAUCCUAUGCUGAUGCUCUGCUCAAUUUCAAGCAGCAGGCGGCGGCGAGUGCAAUGGACAGUAACAAGGAGAACGUGAGCGCUGCUAACAUGGACAAUACGCCUGUGCCUGUCCAGACCAGCAACGAUAAACAAAACAAGCAGGAGGAGCCGUCAGUGCAGCCUGUCGAGGCGCAACAAGAUGAUGAAUUCACGCCGGUUGUUAGCCACCACCGGAAGGAGCGCAAGGAUAAGCGUAAACAACGUGAACGAGCUAGAAACGAUAGGCACACGCGCCAAAACAAGGAGUCUUCUAAGGAGGCUAGGGAGAGAGAUGUUAAGAAGGAAGUAGAGGUGAAAGAAAAUGAUCCUGCUGGUAAAUCUGACAGGGAUAGUGAUGAAGGUGGGUCAGCCAAGAAAGUUUUCGUGGCUGCACCACUACCUGUGGUGAAUCCCUGGCAGAAAAAGCAGAGGGGUGAAGAGAAAAGGGUGCUGCAGGCUAAACCUGAACCUACUCCUGUGAGUCAGGUGCAAGUGCAAGCACCACAACCUGUACCUGCUCCUAAGGCAGCUCCAGUACCUGUUGUGCAGACAUUUAGAGAUAAAACAAAAUCAAACAAGGCACCAGUUUUAAAUGAUGUCAAAGACUGGCCUUCUCUUGGUGUGGCUCCAGCAGGAGAUCGUAAAAACAGCGCAACGACAACAACGCCAGCGAUCCCACUGCAAUCCAGUUCCAAAUCGGAAAUCCGCAACAAUAAAGCAAAGUGGCUGCCGUUGGAGAUUGAAGUCUCGAACAAUAACAAAGGUAAUCGACGCGGUGCUCGUAAUAACAUUGCGACCACCGCAACUGAUGCGCAAUCGACCGUGAGCGAAAACGAUCGCGAUUGGCGUCAUGAAGCGCGCGAAUCGAACCGUCCGGCGCGACCAGCCUCCGCUGCGCCGCGGGGACGUUCGCGUGGUAUGCGUGGCACUCGCCGCGCGAAUUACACGCGCAGCGCUGUUGACUACACGGACGCGCCGGAGUUCACCAUGGAUGGUGCGGGUUACAACGCGCUCGAAAGUGGCGCGUCACGAGCGCCUUACAUGGGCACGUUUUACUAUGACGCGCACAGUUACGUCAAGCUGGACAAGCCCACCAUCAAGGAGUACAUCCGCAAACAGGUGGAGUACUAUUUCAGCGAGGAUAAUCUGAUGCGCGACUUUUUCUUAAGGCGCAAGAUGUGCAAGGAAGGAUUCCUGCCGGUGACUCUGAUUGCGUCCUUUCAUCGCAUUCAGUCGAUUACCAGUGAUUUGCCGCUGAUUAUUGGCGCCAUCAGUGCUUCCGAUAAGCUGGAGUUAUCGGCUGGCUUCAAGGUGCGCACGCGUAAAGAUCCAGAGAAGUGGCCACUUGGGGGUGGUACCGAUGGAGAGGAUGAAACAAAUCCAAUGGCUUUUAUUCACAAGAUGAUUCCACCACCGCCUGUGUUACGCAAGAUGAAGGAACCAGCGGAUCCGAACUUGAACCCGGAUGUCGCCGAAUUCAUUCCGGAAAUCAUCGAGGAGCAACAACAGCAACAGACUGUUGAAUUGCACAACAAUCGUAAUGUUGAUGACUGGCGUGAGGUGAAACGAAAAAGCAAAGAACCCAGCAAGAAAAAGGAAGCGCCAAAGAAGGAAGACCCGAAAUACGAACGCGAAGAACUCGAUUUUCACUUCGAUGAAGAACUCGACCAAGAAGUGCCGCCCGGCCGUCAGAACCUCUUCACCACCGAUUGGACCGAAGAGGAUUCCGAUGAAUUGAGCGAUCGUGAUGUUAAUAAACUGCUCAUUGUUACUCAGACGCCCUCCCGUCCUCCUAAACACGAAGGUUACGAUCGAACCGGUGAUUGGACGACGAGAGUGAAAAUGACUCAAGAACUCGAGCAGGCUAUUAACGACGGACUUUUCUACUACGAGGAAGAUCUUUGGGUGGACGUCGAUGACAGAUCAUCGCAGGGCAGCUAUCGUACUGUGAACGUCAUCAGUCAGGAAGAUUUCAAAAAGAUCGCGCCACAAGCACCUAAGAAACAAAACCCACAAGUGCCACCGCCCCCGCCUCCGGUUGUUCAGCAAGUUUACGAAGACGCCAAGCCGCUGUCGCGUCGCCAGCGGAAGACUCAACGCAAUGUUCCUAGAUUCUACGCGGUCGUCAAAGAUGACCAGCCGGAUCCGUGCACGCCGAGGAAACGAAAGACUCGGCACUCGUUCAAUCCGCCUGUGGAGCAUCACGUCGGCUGGAUUUUCGAUGUUAAGGAGCAUAGAAUGCGCACCACAUCCGGAAGCAGUUAUGGUACUAGUCCAAACGAACAUAAUCUCGGUACGUCGUACGGCAGCGUGCCGCAAUCACUGCCCGCGUUCCAGCAUCCAUCGCAUGCGCUGCUCAAGGAUAAUAACUUCACGCAACAGGCCUAUCACAAGUACCGCCAUCGCUGUCUCAAGGAGCGCAAACGCUGGGGCAGUGGACUCUCAUCGGAAAUGAACACGUUGUUCCGUUUCUGGUCGUUCUUCCUGCGCGAGAAUUUCAAUCGUUCCAUGUACAGCGAGUUUAAAACCAUCGCGUUAGAGGACGCUGCAUGCGGCUAUCGCUAUGGGCUUGAGUGCCUCUUCCGGUUUUAUUCGUACGGGUUGGAGACCAAGUUCCGGCCGCAGUUGUACGAAGACUUUCAAGACGAAACCAUGCGUGACUACGAAAGUGGUCAGCUGUACGGACUUGAAAAGUUCUGGGCUUUCAUGAAAUACUAUAAACACGCUAGUAAUCUGCAGGUUAAUUCGAAACUAGCUGGUUAUCUCAGCAAAUAUAAACGCAUUGAAGACUUCCGGGUUGUUGAGCCCCAAAUCGAAGAGAUUCUGAAAAGUGGUCGCCCGCAAUAUCAGUCGAAGAAACGCAAUCGCAGCGCUUCGGAGAGUUGUUCGGUUGAUAAUCGUCAUCAUACGCUUUCCGCGAGUAAAAAUGACGAGAAAACCGCACGAAGAAAUUCCGGCUCAGGAAAUCGACCAAGGGACUAUCCGCAACCAGGUACUAGCGCGCCAGCAGGCACCGGAGCACGCUUCAUGUCCAGAAAUCGCGCACAAUCGUUUGGCUCAGGUCGCACUAGCGGCAAACAGUUUGCGCCGAGUGGACGUGCGCGAACGGACUCCUGGCGAGUACCCGCUGACGACCAACCACCGAAAGAGCAGAAGGACGCAUCACAGACAGUCGCGUAAGUUGCGGUCGAGUCUAUUCACACAGUGCCCAGCCCAGCCACAACAAUUGUGCAGUGCCAUUGAAUGUUUGAAGUCGCGCACGGCCGGAAAAUCACAUAUUUUUCUAGACAAUCUGUGAGUAAACACCAUUGCGCGCGGCGGGGGAAUUUUUACACACCCACACUCUUUAAUCUAACUCUUAAUCGUCGAUUGCGUUAGUCUAGUAAACAUUUAUACUUAAGGUUUUGCUAGGACGUUCAGCGCUAACAAAAAAAAGUAAAAAAAUAAUUGAAAAAAGUAAGUAAAUAAGGUGCAAAUUUUCUACUACUUUUAAGCGACACGUUUUGUUCGAGUUUACUUUAUUUUCGGGGAUUUUUCACACGCACAUCGUAUGUAUUCUAUUCAUUAUUUUCUAAUUAUCGAUAAUUUUACUUGAUUUACAUGUCCCUAGAAUUUAGUCGUUUAGACGUAAGGAUUUAAUUGAUAAGUGCCAAAACGGAAAACAAAACAAACACAAAAAAAAACCAUGCUUGACAAAAGAAUUUUUGGAGAAAGUGACAUUAAACAAGUAAAAUAGUGCGUAAUAAGAAAAUAUUUGACUCGCGGUUGCUUCUUUUCGUUUGUUCUGAUUGAUUUGUACCGUUUGCAAUAUCAACCAACUAACUGAAAUGACUAAUUAAACAAAACAAUGUACAUAUACAUAUUCACAGAUGGCGAAUCGUGUGAAUGUGUGUUUUGGGUUCGUGUGUACUCUUGCAUUUACUUUAAACACAAAUAAUUGUUAUUCUUACAUAUAUUCUAGUUAAUUGUUUUAGUUUUUCUUUUGUUUCUAUGCAAGAAGUUUUAUUUCUGCAUAAGUUUGUAGCUUAGUGUAUAGUAUUCGAUAUUUGGGGCUAUGUUUAAACUCGGAUUAUAAGCGGAUGAAAAAGCUAGAAAAAUUGUAAAAAAAAGUUUUGGUUUUACUACCAUAUACGAUAUCACAUUUUUUGGGAAAGACUAAAAAAAAAGCGUUUUGCAGAAUCACUGUUUAUUUUACUAUUUACUAAUAGAUUGUAACCAUAAUAAAACAGAAAAUACACCCAA